AUGACUCAGUCCAUCUCCACCGCGCCCCCAAAUGCCACGGCGUUGUUCGGCAAAGACGAUCCUGCACCUCUGCGCACAGUGUCGUUGGGCGAAAAGGACUUCGAUGCGGCAGUCGCAAAGCUUUCUUCAGCCAACGAGCAGCUCGGUCUGGCUCUGGCACCGGACGAGAUCCAUUAUCUGGUCAAGGCUUUUGUGUCUGGCGGUAAAGACGUCGGAGCUGCAGAGGCGCUGGGCAGGGAUCCGACGGACGUGGAGCUGUUCAUGUUUGCUCAGGUCAACUCGGAGCACUGCAGGCACAAGAUCUUCAACGCGGAUUGGACCAUCGAUGGCCAGCGCAUGCCCAACACGCUGUUCGGAAUGAUCCGAAACACGCACAAGCUCCACCCCGAGCACACCAUCAGCGCAUACAGCGACAAUGCAGCUGUGCUCGAUGGCAGCGACGCCAACCACUUUGCAGCACGAGCCAGGGAUGCUCCGAUCACGCGCUACGAGGCUCACUACGAGGCAAUGCCGAUUCUCAUCAAAGUCGAGACCCACAACCAUCCCACUGCCAUCAGUCCCUAUCCUGGAGCAGCGACUGGAUCAGGCGGUGAGAUUCGCGAUGAGGGUGCAGUGGGACAAGGUUCAAAACCCAAGGCGGGACUCGUCGGCUUCAUGACCUCCAACUUGCUCUUACCCGAGCCAUCUGCCCCGGAGAGCGGCCCCAAAGCGAGGCAGCCGUGGGAACAGGAUGUGGGCAAGCCGAGCCACAUCGCUAGCGCUUUGGACAUUAUGCUGGAUGCGCCAUUGGGCAGCGCCAACUUCAACAAUGAGUUUGGCAGACCGGGGCUGGGUGGAUUCUGGCGCACUUGGUGCCAACGCGUGCCGGUGAGUUGCAAGCUAGAAUAGUACAGCUGCAGCUUGCUCUCUCGAAGGUGAGGUGCUGACAGCAUGCUGUGCACCACACAUCAGAUGGAGGGUCCCGAGGGGUCGACCGAGAUACGUGGUUAUCACAAGCCCAUCAUGCUUGCGGGAGGCAUGGGCAACGUCAGGCCCGGCCACGCCAUAAAGCAGGCGAUCACGCCUGGCAGCGCCAUCAUCGUGCUAGGAGGACCUGGCAUGCUCAUUGGUCUUGGUGGAGGUGCAGCUUCCUCGAUGGCUUCUAGCGCCAGUCGCGCAGCUUUGGACUUUGCAAGCGUGCAGAGAGAAAACCCAGAAAUGCAAAGGAGAUGUCAGAGCGUAAUCGAUGCCUGCACGGCCUCGCUCGACGCUCCAAAUCCGAUCGUUAGCAUUCACGAUGUCGGUGCCGGAGGUCUCUCGAAUGCUUUGCCAGAGCUAGUUCACGACUCUGGCUGCGGCGGCCGCUUCGAGAUUCGCAAGGUUCUCAUCGACGACCCGGGCAUGAGUCCCAUGGAAAUCUGGUGCAACGAGAGCCAAGAACGAUACGUCUUGGCCGUGUCGCAAUCCGAGCUGACCAGGUUCGAGAGUGUAGCUAAACGAGAACGCUGCCCUUACUCGGUGGUGGGAGUAGCUACAGAGGAAUUGAGACUCGUCGUCACAGACAGCUUGUUGAACUCCACUCCGAUUGACCUUCCAAUGGCGACGCUAUUUGGCAAACCCCCGAAGAUUGCUAGGCAGAGCAAGCAUAGCAGUCCACCUCGGUAUCCCUUCGACACGACGCUCAAAACUUACCUUGGUUCUGCUACAGACAUUUCGGCAGCGGUCACUGAGGCGUUCGACAGAGUCCUUCGUCUGCCAACCGUCGGCUCCAAAUCCUUCCUCAUCACCAUCGGCGAUCGGUCCAUCACCGGUCUCGUAGCUCGAGACCAGAUGGUCGGCCCGUGGCAAGUGCCAGUGGCAGACGUAGCGGUGACUCGCACUGCAUAUGGAUUCGAUGACGCGUUGGCUGGCGAGGCGAUGGCCUCUGGAGAGCGAACGCCUCUUGCUCUUCUUGAUGCUGCCGCAUCAGCUCGCAUGGCAGUCGGCGAGGCGUUGACCAAUCUGGCAGCGGCCAGUGUGCCGAACCUUAAGCGAGUCAAGUUGAGCGCCAAUUGGAUGUGCGCAGCAAGUCACGGAGAUGAAGGCGCUCGCUUGUACGACGCUGUGCAGGCGAUCGGAUUGGACCUGUGUCCAAAGCUCGGCUUGUCCAUUCCCGUCGGGAAGGACUCGAUGUCCAUGAAGAUGGGCUGGCAAGAGCAGGGCGCACAACGCGAGGUCACAGCUCCUCUCAGCUUGGUCAUCACCGCGUUUGCGCCCGUGGACCGCAUCGACCGCACAUGGACUCCUCAGCUCAGAGCAGAUGUCGAUGAAGAGACGGUGCUACUCUUCGUCGAUCUUGCAGGUGGCAAGGCUCGCAUGGGCGGCAGCGCAUUGGCACAAACGUUUGAACAACUCGGCAGAGAGGCGCCCGAUGUGGAGAGCGCAGAUGUUUUGAAGGGCUUCUUUGAAGCUUGCGCAACAUUGAAGGCUCUCGAGGUGCAAGGGCGCACCGAUCAUUCGCUGAUCAUGGCCUAUCACGACCGCAGCGAUGGCGGUCUUGCAGCGACCAUUCUAGAGAUGGCGUUUGCUGGGCAUGUCGGCGUCAACGUCAACCUGGACACCAUUCCAGGCGGUGGCAAGGAUCCAGUAGCUGCGUUGUUCAACGAAGAGCUUGGUGCUGUCAUGCAGGUCCGUGCUCGGGACGUCAAGGCCGUCUCUGCUGUCUUGUCCAGCGCGGGAGUGCCAGCAGAAGCUUUGCAUGUUAUCGGUCAGAUGGUGCCAUCAACCGAUGAGCAGCAGAUCCACUUUACCGCUGAAUCGCGUCCCGUCUUCUCCGGUACGCGACACGACUUGCAAAGAGCCUGGUCAGAGACAUCUUGGCGCAUGCAAGCACUUCGCGAUAAUCCAGAGACGGCAUCUUCCGAAUGGGCUUUGAUUGGUCCGCAGAGCCACGGACUGAACACAAUUUCAUUCCAACUCACAUUCCAACCUGGAGCAGAAUUCGCUCUUGAAACCCUCCCAACUCCCGAAGCGCCCCUCGACAGCCGACCCAAGGUCGCAAUCCUGCGCGAACAAGGAGUCAAUGGCCAGCUCGAGAUGGCGUAUGCAUUUACAGCGGCCGGUUUCUGUGCCAUCGAUGUGCACAUGUCUGACCUGAUCACGGGUCGCGUGACACUAGGCGACUUUGUGGGUCUGGCAGCGUGCGGAGGUUUCUCGUUCGGAGACGUGCUCGGCGCAGGCAGCGGGUGGGCAAAGUCUUGCUUGCUGAAUCCCAAAGCUCGCACUGAGCUCAGCGCGUUCUUUACUCGCAACGAUACAUUUGCACUGGGCGUCUGCAACGGAUGCCAACUGUUCAGUCAGCUCGGACAGGCUGGUCUGAUACCAGGCGCAGAACAGUGGCCCACGUUCAAGGUGAACGAGUCUGCCCGUUUCGAAGGGCGUUUGUGCAUGGUGGAAGUCGACGAGGGUCCUGUAACAUCCAAGAGCGUCUUUCUGCGCGACAUGGUAGGCAGCCGGUUGCCUGCCGUCAUCGCUCACGGCGAAGGCCGAGCAUCGUUCAAGGAUCGAGCAGACCAAGACGCCGUCGAGUCGAGCGGGCUUGUCGGAGUGCGAUACGUGGAGCACGGCGCACCCAAAGGCCAGGGAACCACGAGAUAUCCAAUCAAUCCCAACGGAUCCCCCAACGGAAUCACUGCAGUAUCGACUCCCGACGGCCGCAUUCUUGCCCUGAUGCCCCGUGAGUCUCGACGUGUGAAUAGACCAAAUCGCGUCGUGCGCUCACAACCUGUCGUCAUCUGCCCUCAUAGACCCCGAACGUGGCAUCUCUGCCGAAAGCAUGUCGUGGAAACCCGCAGGCGCAAGCGAAGCGUGGAAAGGCCGGGGUCCCUGGCUGCAAAUGUUCCAAAGCGCAAGGACUUGGGUCGGUUAG